AUGUCCCUGUUUCCGCCGAUCUUAACCGCUCCAAAGCCCGGUGAGAGGACGCUGAUUCCUCUUCUGAAGAAGCUGCAGCCUCAACUUUGGCCGGAAUUUCUCGAGCAGCGGAUUCAAAGGUGUCAAGAACGGAUUACGACAGGCUGCUACACCCUCGACCUCGUUCCGCUCAGACCGUAUACUUUUCCUCCAAUCAAACCGCAUAAACCCCGCCAAAAGAAAGCCGGGGAAGAGAUGGUCAAGGCCAAGUUCAAGAGGGUUAACAAUACCGAUGUUGCUCAAGAGAGUCCUGUUCCGGGCAAAAGGACUGAUGCGGCCGUUAAACAGGCUGGGCCGUCUAUCGCCACUCAGGGGGUGUCCAAGCAAAUCCCUUCGCAGACCGAGAAGACCGCUGAGGCUUCUCUCGCUGCGAAGAACGGGAAAGCGGGAGACCGGAAAAAGAUACCCACUGGGGUCGCUGCUGAGGGAUCGAAGAAAAAGCAGCGCGUGGAGGAGUCUGCACAAAAGAAUGCCUCUGUUGAAUCCGCUGCCACUGGUUCCGGAGAGGAACCCAUGACCUAUGAUCUUUCUUUUCGCUUUAAGUCGAAAGAUUAUAUCACAAGUAUCUCGCAGGCAUGCGCCGAGCUGUGCUCUAAAAUCCUCUGUAGUACGGAGCACAACUUUCCUAAGCCCGAUGACCUGAUCGAGGCGGAGGCGUAUCAACUGUUCUCGGGAAGCGUGAUGGAGAUGAUCACACAUGGGAACCUGAUCAUCGAAAAAUACGAGCAUCGGUCUCGAGGGCUCUUGAAGAAGCUUGAGGAGUACCCAAGCGUGAAGAAAGAGGCCAAGAAGGUUCCUGGUCUCGAGAAGAAGGUCACGGCACAGAUCACUUUGAUGGAUGAUCUGUCCAAAAAGGCACAGGAGGCGAGGCAACGAGCAAAAUUUACCGAGCAGGAGCUCGAGAGGGUCAAGGCCGAAAAAGAGUCUCUUCAAUAUUUCCCUGAUCAGGAGACGGCUCGUCUGCGGUCUUCUCGAAGGCAUGAGGUUGUUCAGAUCAUCGCGAAGUGCGAUGCUAAACUUUCGAGGAUCAGGAAAUCGGUCGCUGAUAAUGAGGAGGCGAACAGGCUUAAUGCCCUGAUGAACCAAGCGAUGGCUAUCAAGGAUUACCUCGCUGGUUUUAAGAAGGUAGGAGCUGAUGUUUUGGACGAACGGUUCAAAGAGCUCGAUGAGAAGUUUGAAAGGUUCGAGAAGGAUUUCGAUGCUCUUGACGUCGAAGAAAUCACUGAGAGCGAUUUCAAGAUGACUCCUCCUCCUUAG